AUGGAGAAUGCGUAUGUAAAUUUUUUGGAGGAUAAUGAAAGUUCAAACGAUAAAGAAAAUAAUGUAGAAAAACUUAGGACAAAUGAAAAUCGAAUUUUAUUGAAAGAUGAUAAGAAUUUAAAAAUAAUACGAUCCAAAAAAAAAGAGAAAAAAGAAGAUGAUGAAAAGGGAAAGGAAAAUGAAAAAAUCGUUUUAUUUGAAAAUAACGAAAUAGUAGAAUAUGAUGCUAGCUAUUUUAAAAACACAAAUAAUAAUAUUGUAUUAAUGGAAGAAGAUUAUUUAGAAGUUUUAGAAUAUUUGAUAGAAAAGACAUUUUUUCCAGAUUUACACAAAUUUAAAAAUGAAAAAGGAAUGCUAAGCAAUUACGAAUUUAGUAAUAAAGAAUAUAGUGGCAUGAGUUAUAAGAGUAAUAGUUUAUGUCCCUCUUCUCCAAAUACAUUUAUUGAUGAAGAUAACAACAGCGUUUAUGGACUUAUGGAUAAAUAUCAAACAGAUUUAUCAAGUGAUUUACAAAGAUGUAGUAGUAAAAAUAAUAUAUUAAGUUGUGUUGAAGAAAAAAGAAAAAAAAAAACUGACAAAAAUUCAAAAUAUAAAUUAGUUGUCCUCCCAAGUGGUAAAAAACAUAAAAUAAAUUUAAACAUAAAAUUAAGUGAUUUUCAAAAAUUAUAUACAUCAGAAGAUAAUAAAUCUUUUGAAUAUUUAUUAAGAAAUAUGAAAAAUAAAAAUAUAGAAAAAAAUAUGUAUUCUAUAAUUAAAAAAAAUGAAUAUAAUAUGAAGAUGGAUUACAUUGAAGAAUGUACAAAAAAAGGAAUAAAAUGUGAUAUGCUUCAUUUGAAUAAAUCAGAAAAGGAAAUAUCCCCUAUGACUAGCUAUAAAUCUAGUGAAAAUAUUCUGAAUAGGCAAGGUAAAAAUAUAAUAGCUUAUAAAAAUACCAGAUUUUCUGAUGAAUACAAUGAAGAUAUUAAAAAUCAAAUAAAUCAAUGUGAAGAAAAUAAACAGAUGAAAUUAUUAGCUAGAGAUCGUGAAAAUAAAGAAGAAGAAAUGGUUAAUAAGGGUGUUUUUAAUUUGUUAGAAGAAAAAAAUGGAUAUGAAUAUGUCAAAACUCCAAUGAUAGAGGCAGGGAAGGGAGUAGAUAAAAGUCCAAUUAUUACAUGGGGGAAAAUUAUGAAUACUCCAAUGUUGUUACGAGAUAAUGAAGAAGAAAAUGACGAAAAAACAGAAAGUAAUAGAGAAAAAAAUAAAUAUGAUUACCUCAAUUUAAAUAAAGAAUCAUCAAAUUGUGAUAUAGACAAUUAUUUAAAAAAUGAAUUUACUUUACAAAAGUUAAAUAAUAGAGAAAUAGUUGCUGAGAAAUUACAGAAUAGUUUAAGGGAUGUAAAAUAUAAUAAUAAAGAAAUUUUAAAAAAAAAAAGAUUUAAUAUGUUAGUUAAAAAAGCAUGUAGUACAACUUCUCGUAUGUCAACAACUUCAUUUCGAAGUUAUGUUCUUUCGAGAAAAAGCCAAAAGCGAUUAAAUGAGUUAAGCCAAAAAUCAUCUUUAGCAUCACAAAUUUUAAGAAAAAAAUAA